AUGAGUCGUGUGCAUUGAUAAAAGGGUCCACUGACGUGAGCGAUCGCAACAGCAAAACAUAAAUAAAGAAAUCGAGCAUAGAUGAAAUAAUGACCGCAGAGGUACUAAAGGAUCAAGGGAUGAAGAUGAAAAGUGAGCCCCUGGAAGUAAAGGAAAGAGCAGAGGAAUCAGAAAAGAAGGAGGUCAUUUUAUGCAAAGUCUGUGGUGAUAGAUCGUCAGGAAAACAUUAUGGAGUGUAUACAUGCGAUGGUUGCAGGGGCUUUUUCAAAAGGAGCAUUCGUAGAAAUCUUGUUUAUCAAUGCAAAGAGCACGGCAACUGUCCUGUCGAUCUUGCAAGAAGAAAUCAGUGCCAAGCAUGUCGCCUGAAGAAAUGUUUCAAUGUCGGGAUGAAUCGAGACGCUGUACAACAUGAGCGAGCUCCACGAAAUUCACAAUCAAAAACAAACAAUCCGUUCGCAGCCUUCGAAGCAACAUUCCAGCAGUCGAGAAUGCAAGCACUUCAGCAAACUCAAUUCCCUUUACUCCAAGCUGCACCGCAUUUUUCGCCACCACAUACCCCACCAGAAGACCACAUGAAUGGAACUGAAAACGGCAAACAAAACGGUUUCAUGACAAUCGCUAGCCUGAUUCAGGCGGCGAACGGUCUCGCGAGUGGCCUAGGCCCUCAGUGUAACGGAGGCAACACGAAUGGUGAUGCGAUCGAAGCAUCGACAAUAAUAACAAGUUUCGCAGAUAAGAUGCAAAUGACAAUGAACUCGCUGCAAGCUAACAGUAGUUUAAAUGGAACGAACGUCAACGGUAAUACAGUAACGACUACCAGCAAUGGGUCGACACAGUUUUCGCAAAUGCAGCUUUUAGGAAAUUUCUCGCUACCGCCUUUAAUAAACCCCGAUAAAAUAUACGAAUCUGCGACGCGAUACCUUUAUAUGUCAGUGAGCUGGGCACGAAAUAUACCGACAUUCCUCGAACUUCCAUUUAGAGAUCAGGCGAUAUUAUUGGAAGAAAGCUGGAGUGAGCUGUUUGUACUCUGUAUGAUACAAUGCUCACUGCCGCUAGACAUUGGGGUGUUACUAUCAGCUGCUGGACUCCAAGUUGAUAAAGUUCCUUCUGAAAAAAUUGCUACAAGUAUGGCAGAUCUUCGUUUGUUGCAACAUAUUGUCCAGCGCUUCCAGGGAAUCCAGAUAGAUUCAACAGAGUUCGCAUGUUUGAAAGCAAUUGUUCUUUUCAAGCCAGAUCUCCGCGGCCUACGCUGUCCACAGUAUGUUGAAAGUCUGCAGGAUCAGGCGCAAGGCAUGCUGGGUGAAUAUAUUCGAACAGCACAUCCAUCGAAUCAUGCUCGCUUUGGUAAAUUGCUGUUGAUGCUGCCGUCACUGCGAUCUGUUAGUCAAAAAAGCAUAGAGAACUUAUUCUUUAGAGGUGCUAUAGACACAACACCGAUCGACAAAAUGCUAUGUGAUAUGUUCAAGUCGAGCUAGGCCAUCCGCAGCUGCAUGGCUAAGUAAGCCAUAAAGUUGAUUGCAGCGAUACUUUUAGUUGUUUCAAGCAAAGCCUUGUCUACUUGUUGUAUACUAAAGACGAUCAACCCAAAUAGUGAUUAUAACAAAAGACACAAAUAUUGGAAUAAAGAUCAUUGAAAAGCUUGACCAAGGUAAACGGUGAUUGCUGCGACUGGUAUAAUACAUCAGAUUGUCCGGGUGUCGGUGGACCAUUUAUAGUAACGAGAGGAUUUCCUGCCGCCAAAGCUGUCUUUGUAUAAAUAUCAACUGACGAUGUCUUACUCCAUUUAGGAUUUGUAAUUUCUCUCUAACUCUUCAGAUUUUGUUAGUUGCCUUUUAUACUCUAUUGUUCUAUAGGAAGCGUUUUUCUUCCAUAGUGUUUGAUAUCGCUUCGAUUUGGAGGCUAUCCCUGUUUACAGAUCUUUUCGUUGCAAAAAUGUAAAUAUUGUAAAUAUGAUAUUGAAUUUAUUAAGAUCUGAUUUGAUUGAGAUCUGAUUUGAUUGUUAGUAGAA